AAUCUGAGAUCUCGGCCAUUUCGAUAAAAAGUGGAUGUAAGAAAUCGGACAGGAAAUGUCAGAAUGUAUUAGCGUUCUAGACUGCAGAUUCAUCGAUUUGUAAAGCAAGAGAAAAGUAAGAUGGUCUCCAGAUGGAGCAGCCCUGAAGCCCGGUGUUGGCUGCUCUCACUUCUGCUCUUCGCAUCCUGGGAGGGGGGAAGCGGUCAGCUCCGUUACUCAGUCCCAGAGGAGGCUAAACACGGCACCUUCGUGGGCCGCAUCGCUCAGGACUUGGGGCUGGAGCUGGAGGAGCUGGUGCCGCGCCUGUUCCGGGUGGCGUCCAAGGACCGCGGGGACCUUCUGGAGGUAAAUCUGCAGAAUGGCAUUUUGUUUGUGAAUUCUCGGAUCGACCGGGAGGAGCUGUGCGGGCGGAGCGCGGAGUGCGGCAUCCACCUGGAGGUGAUUGUGGACAGGCCGCUCCAAGUUUUCCACGUAGAGGUGGAGGUGAAGGACAUUAACGACAACCCGCCCAUGUUCUCUGUAAGAGAACAAAAACUCUCCAUACCUGAAUCCAGACUGCUGGACUCUAGAUUUCCGCUAGAAGGCGCAUCUGACGCAGAUGUUGGCGAGAACGCAAUGCUAACUUACAAACUCAGUCCAAAUGAAUUUUUCAUUCUGGAUAUUAUAAACAAAAAAGAUAAAGACAAAUUUCCAGUGCUUGUUCUGCGAAAACUACUAGAUCGUGAAGAAAACCCGCAGCUUGAGUUGUUACUGACAGCAACUGAUGGAGGCAAACCCGAAUUUACUGGAUCUGUUUCUCUGCUGAUCUUAGUGUUAGAUGCCAAUGAUAAUGCUCCUGUAUUUGACAGACCUGUUUAUGAAGUCAAGAUGUAUGAAAAUCAAGUGAACCAAACCUUAGUAAUAUGGCUCAACGCCUCUGAUGCGGAUGAAGGAAUAAACAAGGAAAUGAUUUAUUCAUUCAGCUCUUUGGUUCCACCUGUGGUAAGAAGGAAAUUUCAAAUAAAUGAAAGCACAGGAGAAAUAAAAGUAAAUGAUGCUAUUGACUUUGAGAAUAUUAACACUUAUGAAAUUCACGUAGAUGCUACAGAUAAAGGAAACCCACCGAUGGUUGGUCACUGCACCGUUCUAGUGGAAUUACUGGAUGAAAAUGAUAAUUCACCUGAGGUGGUAGUUACUUCUGUGUCUCUCCCAGUGAAAGAAGAUGCUCUCGUGGGCACUGUCAUCGCCCUGAUAAGCGUGUCUGAUCAAGACUCUGGUGCCAACGGACAGGUCACUUGCUCCCUGACACCCCAUGUCCCAUUCAAGCUUGUGUCCACCUACAAGAAUUACUAUUCGCUAGUGCUGGACAGUGUUCUGGACCGCGAGAGCGUAUCCAGCUUUGAGUUAGUGGUGACAGCACAUGAUGGAGGCUUCCCUUCUCUGUGGGCCACAGCCAGAGUGUCCGUGGAGGUGGCCGACGUGAAUGAUAAUGCGCCAAUCUUUUCGCAGCCCGAGUACACGGUGUUUAUAAAGGAGAAUAACCCACCAGGCUGCCACAUCUUCACUGUAUCUGCGCGGGACGCGGACACGCAGGAGAACGCGCUGGUGUCCUACUCGCUGGUGGAGAGGCGGGUGGGCGAGCGUGCGCUGUCGAGCUACGUGUCGGUGCACGCGGAGAGCGGCAAGGUGUACGCGCUGCAGCCGCUGGACCACGAGGAGCUGGAGCUGCUGCAGUUCCAGGUGAGCGCGCGUGACGCGGGCGUGCCGCCUCUGGGCAGCAACGUGACGCUGCAGGUGUUUGUGCUGGACCAGAACGACAAUGCGCCCGAGCUGCUGGCGCCUCGGGCUGGAAGCACUGGCGGCGCGGUGACUGAGCUGGUGUCUCGGUCUGUGGGGACCGGCCAUGUAGUGGCGAAGGUGCGCGCCGUGGAUGCUGACUCUGGCUACAACGCGUGGUUGUCCUAUGAGCUGCAGCUGACUGCAGGCGACGGGCGCAGUCCAUUCCGCGUGGGUCUGUACACUGGCGAGAUCAGCACCACGCGCCUUUUGGACGAGACCGAUGUGUCGCGCCAGCGCCUGCAAGUGCUGGUGAAGGACCAUGGAGAGCCGGCGCUGACGGCCACUGCCACUGUGGUGGUGUCGCUGGUAGACAGCGGCCAGGCACCAAAGGUCUCAUCGCGGGCACUGGCUGGAGCUGCAGGGCCGGAGGUAGCGAUUGUGGAUGUCAACGUGUACCUCAUCAUCGCAAUCUGCUCGAUAUCCAGCCUCUUGGUUCUCACACUUUUGCUGUACACUGCGCUGCGGUGCUCGGCGCCUCCCAGCGAGGGCGCAUGCGGGCCCAGCAGGCCCAGGCUGGUGUGCUCCAGCGCGGUGGGGAGCUGGUCCUAUUCGCAGCAAAGGUAUGCUCUGGGGAGGGCCCACCUAAGACGGAUCUCAUGGCCUUCAGCCCCAGCCUUCCACCCUGCCCAGUGGUAGAAGUGGGAGUAGAAGACCAGUGUACUGGGGCGAGCCAGUCUAGAAAGCCACGACAACCCAACCCUGACUGGCGUUACUCUGCCUCCCUGAGAGCAGGCAUGCACAGGUAUG